AUGAAUUUUAAUAGAAAUACAUUUAAUGUCUCAAAUUUGUUUAAUUUUAAAAUCAUCGUUGAAAAACCAAGACCAAGAAAAGCUCGAGGUUACCCUCAAUGCAAGCGGUGCCAAUCACACUUAUGGGCAUACGUUGAAAUAUUGUGGUCACCCUCCUCGCUGCGUGAAAUGUGGCCCAGGAUCAUCUCACUGAAGAAUGCGUCAAGCCACGUGAUCUGCCGGCAAAAUGCACUGGCGAUCACACUGCCAACUUCAAGGCUUGCCCGUCGUAUAAAAAGUUCGCUUUGUCCAAAAACAAGAAAACCAGCACUCCGCUCUAACAACAGUACAAAUGUACAAUCACCUCCAAAGGUUUCGUCAAACGAGGUCCCAGGAGAUCAUUCUCGGCAGCUUUCAAAGAAAUCCUAUGCUGCAGCGACCAAAACGGUAACCUCUUCCAUGGAAUCCGUCUCAAAUUUUUUAUCAGAAUUUAUUUCCAAUUUUAACACUUUAAUUACCCCACUAGUUAUUCUCCUUACGGAGUUUAUCAACAAACGUAUCUGUCCAUAG